AUGGCGGACAGCCAAAUCCUUCACCUGCAAACAUGUCCCCUCCUAUUCAGCACGGCCACAGCAGAAGCGGCAACAGUCUACAACCACCUAGACUCACGCUGCACCGUGGUUGAGGCCUGCGGACUGAGUGUCAAGACUGUCUACGAUGAAGUUGGAGUCUUUCGACUCCCAGAGCAUCCACCUCUGGUUUUCGGUACAUCCCAGACUACGUCAAGAUCGGAUAUCGUCACUAUGUUCCACUUCCAGCGCGCUUGGGAGGCUAUCGGAAGUGAUCCAAGGCUGCUUUAUGGAGGCACAAAUGGGCUGGAUGUUGAUGCUUGGACUAGUUGA